GGAGACGGACACCGCCCUCAAGUCAGGGCAUUCAUAUAACAGCCAUGUGCCCCUCAAGAUUGUUGAAGUGUCUUAAAUGCUCUACAUGGUGCAGAUCUUGACGAGUUGAUGAGUAACCUUUUCAUCAAAAAUUCUGCUCCCUCCUCGCGUAUACCUUGUCUGCGCAAUCUUUCAGAAGACAUUGUAAUACUUGAUUGUUGGCGUCGAGCAUCCAGACUCGGCAGACCGUAUCACCUAGAUCGCCCCACGUAGCCCACUGCGGCCCGAGGCGGUACCGCCCGGCCGUGUUCGAGCGGAGAUGCAGAGCUCCUCCACUACCGUCGAAAACCCGACAAGCCACGAAAGUGAGAAAACACAUGUCAUUGAAACUGGGGAUGAGAAACAUGAUAAUUCGGUGACGGAGAAUGCCGAAGCGACUGUCGAAAAUGUUGAAAGGAGUAAGGAGCUUGGUGAGAAGACAAGAGCAAGUAACGACUCGAGCGCAAACACGGCAACAGAAGUUAAAGAACCGGUAGCGAACGUUUCGCCAUCUGGAAAAGACGCAGACGGCGAGCCUGAAGAAGAAGUGGAAGAUGAAUCAAAAUAUCUCAGCGGCUUUAAACUCUGGAUCCUUUCGCUCGGCCUGUGUCUUACAACCUUCGUUAUCGCUUUAGACAAUACUAUUAUCGCCACGGCGAUUCCGAAGAUUACGAGCGUUUUCAACAGUCUUGGAGAUGUUGGGUGGUAUGGAUCUGCCUACUUGCUGACGACUACCUCGCUCCAGCCAUCAUUCGGAAAGGUGUACACGUACUUCGACGUCAAGUACACAUACCUUAUAUCAUUGGUCAUAUUCGAAGUAGGAUCUGUCAUCUGCGCUGCCGCGACAAGUUCGCCUAUGUUCAUUGUCGGACGCGCUGUAGCCGGAACCGGAGCAGCAGCUUUGUACUCAGGGGGGAUGACUAUCAUUGGCUUCUCAGUGCCCUUGCGCAAACGAGCUAUCUACAUCGCUGCACUGUCUUCCAUGUUCGGAAUCGCGAGUGUUGUUGGACCUAUCCUUGGAGGCGCUUUCACAGAUCGAUUGUCCUGGCGAUGGUGCUUUUGGAUUAACUUACCAUUCGGUGCCAUCUCCCUCAUCGUCGUGUUCUCCUUCUUCUCGAAUCCGGAACGGCAGUACAGCCAUAUCCCCAUCAAGGAGCGGUUAAAGUAUAUUGACUUGGCGGGUGCUGUGUUCCUAAUCUGCUCCAUCGUCUGCCUGUUGUUGGCACUGCAAUGGGGCGGCUUUACAUACUCGUGGAAGAACUCCAAGGUCUGGGGCACCUUAUUAGGUUUCGGCUUACUGCUGAUAAUAUUCAUCAUCAUUCAAAUCAAGCAGAAGGAGAGAGCAACGAUUCCGAUACAUGUGUUUAAGCAACGGACCGUGCUAGUCAGUUGUAUAUUUUCUGCCCUCCUGUCUAUGGCCUUGUAUACUCACAUCUUCUACUUGCCAUUCUACUUCCAGGCUAUCAAGGGCACAACAGCUGAAGAAUCCGGCAUCCGCACAAUCGCCUACCUUGUCAGCAUCACCGUCUCGUCAAUCGUAAUCGGAGCUUCCAUCACCAUAGUCGGCUGGUAUGUACCCUUCAUGUGGUUCGGCAGCGCUAUCUUCACCAUCGGUGCCGGCCUGAUAUUUACGCUCAAAGUCAAUUCGCCUCCAGGCCAAUGGAUCGGUUACCAGAUUCUUGCGGGGAUCGGCGCAGGUGCAGGAGUUCAAAUUCCUUUCGUUGCAGUGCAGGUAGUAACGAGUUCCAAAGAUAUGCCUACAGCAAACGCCUGUGUCCUGUUUUUCAACAGCCUGGGUGGCGCGCUGAGCAUAUCCAUCGCACAGAACAUUUUCGUUAAUACGCUGGCAAAAGAGAUACCAAAACAUGUGCCGGGACUCGACUCGAAGGUUAUUGCUGAGGCUGGAGCUACGAACCUUAGGAACGUUGUGUCGCCGGAACAGUUGCCUGGUGUUUUGGAAGGGUAUAACACAUCUGUUGUUACGGCGUUCAUUCUUGCGAUUGCGACGGCAGCCGUGGCAUUCUUUGUGAGCUUGGGUAUGGAGCAGAAGAGCGUUAAGGGGAAGAAGAUUGUUGCUGGAGGUGCGGCAUAGAGGG